UGUUGUCAUGUUUGAAAUCUGGAUAUUCAGGUUUCCUCUAAACAUGACAGUAAUAUUAUCAGUUUGGCUAACAUAGCUUAGCUCUGUGUAGUCUGGUAGUCUGGUUUUCCUGCUCAGUUUCGAUGGAGAGGCUAAUAUCCAAGCUCACAGAGAGACAUGUCCUCUUCACGGCUUCCUUUGCUAUCCGGCUGGCUUUGGUCGCUUAUGGAGAUUACCAAGACAAGACCAUGGUGGUGAAAUUCACUGAUAUUGACUACCAUGUGUUCACGGAUGCUGCAAGAUUCAUUACGAAGGGUGAGUCCCCAUACAACAGAUCAACCUACCGCUACACCCCUCUUCUAGCCUGGCUGCUCACCCCCAACAUCUAUCUCAGCAUGGUGUUUGGCAAGAUCGUCUUCAUUGUAUGUGAUGUGCUGUCAGGACUGCUCAUCUACAGAAUCCUCUGCCUGCGAGGUCUACGGUCUGAGACUGCACGUCAGGUUUCUUCUCUCUGGCUCCUCAACCCACUGCCCAUGGGAGUAUCCAGCCGAGGGAAUGCUGAGUCCAUCCUGGCAGCUCUGGUACUGGGAACAUUACUCUGUAUGGAAGGUCGGCGUCUGUUGUGGGCAGCUAUGCUCUAUGGCCUUUCAGUCCAUAUGAAGAUCUACCCUAUUACAUAUGCCCUGCCCAUUGUUCUGACUCUGCGAACACCAGAGACCAGAGCAGGGCAAGACAAAGAGGAGCGGAGAUGGAGGAAGGUCAUUAGGUUCUGUGGAAGUUUCCUCAACCGAGAGCUGUUCCUCUUCGCAAGUGUGUCCGGAGGAGUUUUCUGCAUCCUCACAGCAUUCUUCUAUUACAUGUACGGCUGGGAGUUCCUUCAUGAGACCUACUUGUAUCAUCUAACCAGAAGGGACAUCAGACACAACUUCUCCCCCUACUUCUAUAUGCUCUAUCUCACUACAGACAGCAGGUGGAGCCAGUGGCUUGGCCUGGCAGCUUUCCUGCCACAGCUCAUUCUGCUGUUGGUGGCAUCGUGGGCUUUUCACCGCGACCUGGCCUUCUGCUGUUUCCUGCACACCGCCAUCUUUGUCUCUUUCAACAAAGUCUGCACCUCACAGUACUUCCUGUGGUACCUGUGUUUACUCCCUCUGGUCAUCCCUCACCUGACUCUGUCACUCAAACAGGGAGUGGGUCUGCUGCUCCUCUGGUUUGCUGGACAGGCUGUUUGGUUGGGCCCAGCCUACUUCCUGGAGUUUGAAGGCAACAACACCUUCCUGCUGAUCUGGCUGGCCGGAUUGUUCUUCCUGAUCACCAACUGCUUUGUCUUGAUUCAAGUCAUAACCCAUUACAAACCAACACAGACUCCAAAGAGACCAAAGAUAGAAUGAUAUUCUAGUAAUUUGAGUGUGGAAGAAUUUCUCACUUUGAUUAAAGCUUCAGUAUUAUGAUGUAAAAGACGUUCCAUAUUUCAAAACCACAAAUUUAACUGCAAACGAUGGACUCUGGAUGAUUGUAGAAAUAAUAAAGUUAGUAUUUUGUUAAAUCUCAGUCUUCCUGGCGCUUUACUGGUAAUUACUUUCUCAUGUAACCUGAAUCAUUUUAGCACAAAGUACAGUCAUUUUCUUACUUACAAAGCCGCUGUUGUAUUUGCAGUCAGUUUGAAUUAAAGCCAUUGAUUAAAUGCUUGCCAAAGCAGAUUUUUUCCAUUUGUCCAUUUGCCAUGAAGGGCAAAAUAUCUGCUGUAGAUCAGAGAUCACACAAAUUUCUUCCACAAUUUUAACAACCACAGGA